GUCAACAGUCGUUGCUAAAUAUUAUUUGAUAUUGGAAAUAAUAUACCGAAAAUGUUUUAGAAUACUAAAUGUUAAAUAUACAUAUAAUUUAGUGAUAUUCGUAAUAUAUUAUGUAAUGCGCAAAUGUUAAAUAAUCGUUUGUUGCCAGAAACUUCUUACAUAUUACAGAAUAAACGGAGAUAUUCAGCAUACAACUCAUCAAUGCGCCUGUAAAUAUCGCAAACCACAAAAUAAAUUUGAAAACCAAAAACAAAAAGAAAUCAUUAUAAAAAUAUACAUAAAUCAAAUGAUUUAAAAUCGUGCGCACAGUAUGUCAUAAAAUAUACACACUUUAAAUAAAUGCAAAUAAAAUCAAAAACAAUACUAAAUACAAUUGCAAAAACAAAAAUAAAGAAUACAGACUAAAACCAUAAAUAUCAUUAAAGCAUAUAGGAAAUAAAUCAUGUGCAACCGCGUGUUCAUAAAAAUAUAGUUGUAAAUAUAUACGUCAUUUUUAGUGAAUGACACAGUUAAAUAAUGAAAAAAUAUUUGUAAAAUGAAAAUAAAUUUUUUAAAAGCAUUUGUAGCAACAACUUUUUACAAAAAUACUCUCUCAUCAGCUUUCGUCUAGCACACUCGCAAAAAAAAAAUAUUUUCAAAACAUAAUUGGCUUCUGAAAAAUACAACUCUGCUGUUAAAGCAAAUGCAACUCUGCACACUUUAAACGAAAGCACUAAAUUUGAACAUAAAAAUUUCACAAAAAAAAUCGUAAAUAAAAUGUCUUGCUCACUAAAAGUAAUAUUCAACUAAAACAACUAAUAACUUCUCUAAAAAUCAUCAACUAAAAAUUUUCGUUUCUUACAUAGAGAACUCUCAAAAAAUGCAACCCUCAUGUUUCAUAACAUAAAUCUCUUUAAAAUAUUAAAACUAUAAAAAUAAUAUUUCUUAACUUCUCACAAGUCAUACGACAUCUUCAUGCCACGUUUAGCACAUGAACGAAUUUCCAUCAUAGAAUCGUAACUGAAAUUAUGGAACAAUCAUUUCAAACAUUGUGUUCUCAUUUAAAUGUUGCUUUCAAAUUAGCUAAACCACAACCAGCGGGAUUUAAGUGGCAACCAACAACAGCGCGCUCGAGUGAAAGUCCACAAUUGCAACAACAAAAGCAGGUGUUUUUGGUGUUACCAACAGCAAGUGGAUGAUCUAGCGAAAACCACAACAGCAAUAAGAAAAUUAGAAAAAUUGGAAAAGUUGAGAAAAUAUUGCAACACUGUGAGCACACUCAGCCAGCACAACUUGCUCCCGCAACUGCCAGAACGUGGUUUACCUACUCGAAAAUAAAAUUAAAAUAAAACAACAACAACGAUUAAAUGCAUAAAUAUAUAUAUAACGAGUAAUAAGAAAGCAAAUAUAAAAAAUAUUAAAAUAUUAAUUAAUAAAACGGUAGUUACUCAUAAUUAAACCGGUUUCUCAAAACUUCAUCUAAAAAAAGUGCAAAGUAGAAACAUAAUUCAAAUCAAAUUUAAGAAAUUAAAACGAUGCUGUAAAAAUUGUGUUCCCACUUAGCAGAUAAGCGUGCAAUAGAUCUAAUAGUAAAUUAAAAAGUGAAAAAAAUUAUUAAAUUAAAAUAGUACUAAAAAGUAAAAAAUAGUGGAAAAAUUAGUACUAAAUUAAUUAGUUAUUGAAAUCGUUAAUGAAGGUGAAGUUUAAAAUUAUUAAGUGCAAAAAUCAAUUAAAAUUAUUACUAAGUUAGUGCUAAAAAUUAAAAAAAUAUUACGAAUAAAAAAAAUAAUAGUACUAAAAAUAAGGAAUAGUUUUAAAAUUAAAAAAAUAUACGCGUUAAAUCUGAAGAAUAUACGCUAAAAUUUGUUUACAAAUCAGUACUAAAUUAUAUAUUAUUGAUAAAUAAAUUAAAAAAGUUAGUACUAAGUUAAAAAAGGGCGUUAGUACUAAAAAUUACAAGACAAUUAAGCAAACUUAGUGCUAGAAUUCUAUGAAUGCUGUGUAAAAGACAUAAUAAUUAGCACUAAAAACUGACGAAAAAUUAUUACUAAAUAUAAAAAAUUAGUACUAAAAAUUAAAAACGUGCUAAAAUUAUAAAUCAGUAGCAAAAAUAUAAAAAUUAGUGCAAAAAUUGUUUAAAAACUUAGAAAAUAAUUGAACUAAAAAUAGACACAUUUGUACUAAAAAUAAAAAAUACUAAAUAAUAUACAAAUAAUAUAAAUUUAUAAUCUAAAAAGUGAUAUUAAUUUAAAUAAUACAUAAAAACCGCAAUUUAAUAUACCCUUAGGCAACCGAUAACUGUAUUUAUAUACAGUUGAACGCGUCUCCAAAAACACAAACAAAGCUAAUGAGUCACGCGCACAAAUAUUCAAACAAAUAGGACACAUGCUACAGCGAAUAACGGUACACACUGAAGAGAAGAACGUGUAUUUAAAAAAAUUUCGGUCUUCAAAUAAAAAAUUCAUAACGGUACGCGCGUUUCAAAAAUUAUAAUAUAAAGAAAAUAUUUACAAUACAAAUCAAAGCGCUAACGGUUAUGCAAACGGAAAUAACGGUCGAAAUCUCGGUGGAAUAAGUAAUUUCCAAAAGUAACCUAAAACACCCGCACAAACGAAGUGUGUGGCUAUAAGCAAAAGCGUUGGAGCGAAUAACGAGCCAGCAGUGAGUUCUUGUGAGGAACAAAGCCAAAAGAAGAAGAACAAGAGAGAGCACAGAAGAAAAAAAAGACGGCAAGACAAAUAAAGCCGCGAGCAAGUCAGACCAAGCAAAUGUAAACAACAGCUUUAAGUGGUGCAAAAUACAGCGACAAAGACAAAAGCGAGCCAAACAAAUCUCAAACAACUUGAAGACUUGAAGGCUGACAAAUUGUGACAGAGCACAAACAAAACCGAAUAAGCGUGACACGCUUAAGACCGCUCCAAGUGAUUGUUGGCCAAAGUUGUCUUGCGUUGACAGUCAGAAAGUCAUAGAGCAAACGUGCGAACCGCCGAACUGAGCGCGCUGCAGAGGGACACCGACAAGCCACAAGCGCGCACACAUUUGCUUGACAGCAGCAUUUACGAGCUAACUAUUGCCACUCUAUUAACUACUCACGGCAGCUAUUCUGCAAAUAAUAAUUUCCUCGACUACAAGCGGUGUCUUGCAUUUCGGGAACAGAAGAAGGAAAAAAGAACUCACAAAGUCAUCCGCUUCCGCUGACGCUUACCUCGCAAGCAGUGUAACAAAGCUCAACCGCAGCGUUGGAUCCAAAGCCUUAACAAUAAGACAACAGCGUUGUAGUUAAUUGACAGGCAAAGCAACGCGUGCUCGUCUCAACAUCAGCAGGGUUGAAUCAGGCAUACGUAGAACACUUACCACUGCGGCGACCUAAGGUGCCUGCAACAGACGCACUAACCAUUCACACCUCGUCGCCGUCAUCGUGUUUGCACACUCGUUUAACUUGUAAAUUGUGCCGUUGUUGGCCGUGGGGAAUACGUCGUAGUGCAGAGAAUCGCGCGUUCGCACCGUGUAAUUGUCGCGUGUAUUGAUUGAGUCACAACGCGCUUUCGCCAAACUAAAUCUCCAACGAAUUGCAAUUUGCAAUUGUCACAAGUCCACCAACCCCACUCAACUCAACUCAACUUGUGUGCUUCACUUGAGUUUUGCGGUGUUUGCACAGUAGCUCCGAACCCUGUAGAGACUUUAACGUGAACGCCGCGUGACAUUGUUAUCUUAAGCUUUUGUCUUUCGCCUAAAUCCAAACCGAAUUUAACGCGCAUAGCUCACUCGUACGCUUACAUUGUUCUUCGUCGUCGUUUGCAACGUGCUCGUCCAUCAUCGUUUUUGUUGUGUAUCGACGUAUUCAAUAUUUAACACUACGUUUGUGGCAGCGCAAUAAAAUAUCUAUCAACGACAGACAACACAAUCUCGCAUCUUCAACUUGUCUUCGUGCACCUGUAAUACUUGCAACUAAUUGUACUGAAUCAACAUCGACACAUCUUCAAACAUAUAUACAUAAAUAUAUAUACCCACCCGCCCGCAACAUCGACAACAGUUGUACGUGUGUUUAUUGCUCGGUAGCUGAAAUCUAAGGACAUGGACCCGUCGCUGCUUGUCGUGUUGAUCUUUCUUGUGAUAAUUAAAGAAAGCUGCCAAGGACCACACGAAAAACGUCUACUUAACCACCUACUAUCCACCUAUAAUACACUCGAGCGACCCGUAGCGAAUGAAUCGGAACCGCUGGAAGUCAAAUUCGGUUUAACGCUGCAACAAAUUAUUGAUGUGGACGAAAAGAAUCAGAUUCUGACCACAAAUGCGUGGUUAAAUUUGGACGAGAAGAAUCAACUUCUUAUAACCAAUCUUUGGCUUUCGUUGGAGUGGAAUGACUAUAAUUUACGAUGGAAUGAAUCAGAAUAUGGAGGCGUGAAAGAUUUGCGGAUAACACCAAAUAAGCUGUGGAAACCGGAUGUGCUGAUGUACAACAGCGCGGAUGAGGGAUUCGAUGGCACGUAUCACACCAACAUUGUGGUCAAACAUAACGGCAGUUGUCUGUACGUGCCCCCUGGUAUCUUCAAGAGCACAUGCAAGAUAGACAUCACGUGGUUCCCAUUUGAUGACCAACACUGCGAAAUGAAAUUCGGUAGUUGGACUUACGAUGGAAAUCAGUUGGAUUUGGUUUUGAAUUCCGAAGAUGGAGGGGAUCUUUCCGAUUUCAUAACAAAUGGCGAGUGGUAUCUGCUUGCAAUGCCUGGCAAGAAGAAUACCAUCGUCUACGCCUGCUGCCCGGAACCCUACGUGGACGUCACAUUCACGAUACAAAUCCGACGGCGUACAUUAUAUUAUUUUUUCAAUUUAAUUGUGCCGUGUGUGCUGAUAUCAUCGAUGGCUUUAUUAGGAUUUACACUACCUCCCGAUUCGGGCGAAAAACUAACAUUAGGAGUUACAAUUCUUCUAUCGCUCACAGUGUUUCUCAACCUUGUAGCUGAGACAUUGCCCCAAGUAUCUGAUGCAAUCCCCUUGUUAGGCACCUACUUCAAUUGCAUCAUGUUUAUGGUGGCCUCAUCGGUGGUGCUGACGGUUGUUGUGCUCAACUAUCAUCAUCGCACGGCGGAUAUACACGAAAUGCCGCCUUGGAUUAAAUCCGUUUUCCUGCAAUGGCUGCCAUGGAUUUUACGUAUGGGUCGUCCGGGCCGUAAAAUCACACGAAAAACAAUUCUACUAAGCAAUCGCAUGAAGGAAUUGGAAUUAAAGGAACGUUCUUCCAAAUCACUACUAGCCAAUGUGCUGGAUAUCGAUGAUGAUUUCCGACAUACGAUCUCCGGUUCACAAACGGCGAUCGGUUCAUCAGCAAGCUUCGGUCGCCCCACAACGGUGGAGGAGCAUCAUAAUACAAUAGGUUGCAAUCAUAAAGAUUUACAUUUGAUUCUUAAAGAAUUACAAUUCAUUACAUCACGUAUGCGCAAAUCCGAUGAUGAGGCGGAAUUGAUAAGCGAUUGGAAAUUCGCGGCAAUGGUUGUGGAUAGAUUUUGUUUAAUUGUUUUUACGCUAUUUACAAUUAUCGCAACAGUCACCGUUCUGCUGUCAGCUCCACACAUUAUCGUGCAAUAAGCCUAAAUGAAUACGAGGUUUAAGCAAAAGCCUAGGAUAAACAUAUUGAAACUGCAUACUUUAAAUGAAGAGAAAUAUUUAUUUUUUUCCAGAGGAAAAAUCACUUACAUAGAUACUUACAAAGAGAGGAGAAUAAAAUGGAGGAGAAAUGCAAAGUCAAAGAGAUUUAGCAUUUACAUAGUUGUAGUUUAGUAGAUAAGAUGAUGAGACUACUCAAUAAUUAGUAAAUUAUACGAAAGGCAAUUGAAAAGUUCACAAAAAUCAAUACAAAAAAAUUGUUAAUUAAAUUUUUAAGAAAAAAAAAAAACUGAAAACUAGUUAAACAUUAAAAAAAUAAUAAUAAAUACAAAAAAAAAAACAUGAAAUAUAUGUAUAUACAAGUAAUAGUAUGUAGGGAAACUGGCAACAAAAUGGUUACUUAAUACAAGCAAAUUGAAAUACCUUUAUGACAUGACAUAAGUAAAACUUCAAAACAAACUGCCGUACACAAAUAUGUUGAAUAUUUCGAAAAAAAAUAAUAGUAAAAAAAAUAAAAAAUUACACUACACUAUAAGCUAUGCUAAAAAAUAUAUACAAAGAUACAUACAGAUUAGUAAAUUUAUGUGAAUAGCAAACAAUCUAUGCGGCAAAAUUGCAUGCGCAAAAAAAAACAAAAAUCUAGCAUGCAAUAAAAAAAUUUGAAUUUUCAAAUUCAAUAAAAUAGUAAAAUUAAUUUUCAAUAAUGCGUUCAUGAUAGUGAAAUAAAUUGUGAAAAAUUUGUAAUUUUCUUAUUUUAUAAACUGUAUGUAAUAUGAAUGUUAAAAAUGUCAUGCGAGAAAAAAAAAAGCAGAAAGGUAACUACCGCAUGUAGACAGCUGUAAGGUAAUUAUUUUUUUAAUUAGCAUAGCGUAUUAUUAAAAAAGAAGAAAAAACAAUUAAAUUAAUUAAUAUUAAAAUAAAUGAAAAAAUAAGUGAAAAAACAGAGAUUGUUCCUAUGAAACAUAGAAAUACACAAACACUUACACAAAAGUGCUUAAUUUCAUACAAAAUUACACAAAAUGCAAUGCAAAAAUACUGAAUUCGUAUAGCAAAAAUGAGCGCAAAUAUAUAUUUAAUUACAUAUAAAAUUAGUUAUUGCAAAUUAAUAAAUAAGAAAAUUUUGCAUACAUUGAGGUUAAUUAGCAAGACACACAGUAAAACAUACAUACGCAUGGUAUUCACAAAAGCUUACAUAGAGCAAAUAUUCAGACAGACACCGAAAGCGUUCAAAGCGUGCUAAACAUUUGCCUAGUACUACCCAAGCAACACACAAGAGUAAUAAUCCACAAGCAACAUUACAGAAUUACUCAGCAACACACAAGAGUAACAUUACCCAAGCAACACAUAAGAGUAACAUUACACAAUCAACAUUACAGCAUUACUCAAACAACAUUGCAGCAUUACUCAAACAACAUUGCAGCAUUACUCCAACAACAUUGCAGCAUUACUCCAACAACAUUACUCAAGCAACAUCACAGCAUUGCUGCAGCAACACGUAACGGUAACAUUACUCAAGCAACAUUGUAAAAUUACUCUAACAACUUUACAACACUACUCCAGCAACAUUGGAACAUUACUCCAGCGACAUUCCAACACUACUCAAGUAACCUCACAACAUUACUCACACAAAUACACACCAUACAAUACAUUGAGCGUUUGCUAAGAGAGCGUUUGAGCGUUUAAAGUAAAUGUAAUUGAAAACGAGAGCACAAAUACCAGUACUAUAGUAAACAAAGAGAAAUACAACAAGCAAAUAACGGAAAUUAUAGCAGAAAGAGUGUGUCAGACACAAAGAGUUAGUGGGAACGAACGAGCGCGAACGAGAUAGAACAAGCGAUAAUGUAAAUUAAAUGAAUAAAAGUGUGACAGAGCGAAAUAGACAGAGAGAGAGAUAUGAAAUAUUUUUUAUGUGCAUUUAUGUAUUGUAAAGAAUUUAAUGAAAACAAAUUUAAGACAAAUGAAUAUGCGUAGAAAUAAGAAGUAAGCGAUCGAUGCAGGCAAAAAAAAAAUAAAUGGGAAACAAACACACAACACAAAGAUGAGUACAGUACGCAGAUUAGCUGAACUCAGAGUAGUAUUAAGUGGGAGAGGAACAAUAAUAAUUGCAGGUGCAACAACUAUACAUAAUUUUCGAUAGAAAUUAGCGAAAAUAGUUAUGAGAACACUAUACUACUUAUGUAAAAAAAAAAUCAAUUCAAGAAUAAAUUAGACAAACAAUAAAAGAAUGUUGCGAAAAUAAGUGCACACAAUAUAAUUAAAAAUUAAGCAGUCAGUGAAAGGAAUUAAUUGAGUUAUCAUUGCAGUAAAUAAUACGAAAAAGUUAAAUAAUAGCAGGAGUAGAUAAAGGAAAGGAAAAUUAAAGAGUUUUUUAUUUCAUUUUAUUUUUGUUUGUUGCGCACACUUUCAGAAAAAAAAUUAAAUGCAUUAAUAGCAAUCAGUACAGUUACAUAUUAAUAUUUUUUUUUUUCGAAAAUAAAUUUCUUUUAAAGGACGCAUACACAGCUAACUACAUGCAUUAUAUGUUUGCUCUUUCUAACUACGGUAUUACGAAAGUUUAGUGAAAGUUUCACGAUAGUUUUUGUGAAAGCUUCUUUAGUGUUUAGUGAAAUUUAAAAAUGCUUAAAAUAAUAAUUAAUGUAAAGUUGCAUUUUUAGAAUGUAAUCUUAACUAAAACCUGAACAUUUUUUAUUUCACUUUUUCUAAUCGAUUUUUAAUGUUUUCAGAUGAUGUUUAUUCAAAAUUUUAUAUUGAAAUUGUCUGAUAACACAUACAUAUAAUUAGAAAAAAAAGUUUGAACAGAAAUAUUGUAAAGCUAAAAUCACAAAUCGAUCAGAAUGACAUCUUAUGAAGCCAUUUCUUCCUUUCUUUUUCAUUUUUACCCAGUCUCGAGCCAAAAAAAAUGUGUACUAUAAUAAGUUCAUACUACAUGGUAUUUAUUUUAUCAGAACAAAACUUUCUGUAAGAUUUUCAGUUCAAAACCGAAAGUUCAAGCGAAUAAAGAUUCGUCAAUUUCCUGGAAACAUGUGAAAAUCGCUGAAAUCUGUAGUGAAAUAUCAAAUCCUGAGUUGAAGUCUGGAAGGAGUACAACUCAAUUGUUGGAUAAUACAAACUUACCCAAAACAAAAGAUUUCUUCAGUUGAAUAAUUUUAUUUUUGUUAUUUGAGGAACUCAGAUAUCGAUCCAAAAAACUUAUAUGUAUGUAUACGCAAUCGAAUUUAUUAUCUACGGUUAACAAAGAUAUCUCAUUAUUCUAUACAAUUUGAACUGAUUAUUCCAAACUCAAUAUUUUAUCAAAGAAGUAAGUCUCAGCGCUAAAAUGUUUUCAUGAUAAAAUGAGUAAAGAUAUAUAAAUAUGUAUGUGAUUCAUUAAACUUUCGCAAAUACCGUAUAUUAAUUUCAAAUUUUGUUGCAACAUUCCGACCCCACUGUACUGUAAAAGUUUAAAAAAUUUUGUUGCGCUUGCUUGCUUUGCUUCGAAAUUAUAUGUAAGCUCUCCAGUUGCUUUACUUUUCAAAACACAAAUGUUAGUUCCACUAAAAAAUUUUAAAUUUUCCUUAACACUUAACGACAAAAUCGAAAUUUUUUUUAAACCAACCCAAUCACCAAUCUAAUUUUUUCGUGAGAUUGUGUCAUAAGUAAAAAAGUGUAAUUCGAUUUUUGAUUUAGCCUUCAAAAUCGAAAUAUUUUAAUUCGAAAUUCAAGAAGAGGACUUUUUAAAAAAAUUAUUAUCAAUUACAAGAUAUAGCUAAUAAAAAAUCCAAAUUAAAGAUAUAGUCUCAAUUUUCUUCUUAAUUCAAUGGUAUGUAUGUACAACUAUUUCGUCAAGCUUAUAUGACAGAUGUUAUAACGAGUCUCGUAUUUGUCGAUAUAAAUUUUUUUGUCACAUAAGUUUGAUCGAAAAGUUUAAAAUUUAGAUUAUAUCUAUUUUUUGGAUUUUUUAGUAGCUAUAUCCUAUAAUUGAUGGGCCUAUUCAUUGAAUCCGUAUCGAUCGAAAAAUGGUUCGAAUCGAUCGAAAAAUUUUACGUCGGAAUCAUUGAAAACGUAUCGAAAAUAAAAUUUACGAUCCUCUUGAACUCACUUACCGACUCGAAAAAAUUCAUUCCGCGGCUAAUAGUAAAUAAUAAAUUUUGUUCGAAAUCUACAUUGAACAAUGAACAAAAGCAAAAAGCACAGACACUUUAUCAAAUUUGUCGCAUUUAUCGAAAAGCAGUUUUACGUUCUCACUUUGUGGUAAAGCAGUUUAUCGACCGAAUCAAUGAUUCGGAACAUUUUCGAUCGAAAAUCCUUAUCGUAUCGAAAUCGAAUUCGCUGCGGAUUCAAUAAUUAGGCCCAACAAUAAUUUUUUAAAAACUCCUUUUCGAAUCCAAAUAUUUCGAAAAUCGGGGAAUAUAGUUUUUUUACUUACGACUCAAUCUCCCGAAAAAACUAAGUUUGGUCCAAUACCAAAAUAUAAUUAAUGAUAUACAUAAUAGAUAAAAUAUUGCAUUUAACUGUUAACUUAAUUUCGAAAAGCAUUUUGCUAUUUUAAGGGUUGCCAUAACUUCGGCAUUUAUAAACUGUUUUUCGACUAUGGAACAUCGAUGCAUUAUUAGAAAAAAGUUUGUUUAAAAAGUUUAAAACGUCUCAUUGAAGAUCUAAUGCGCCAGAUCUAAAUUUUUAUCAGCUGAUAAUCAAAUUAUUAGAUCCUGAAAUUAAAGUUCUCCAAAAGUAAUUGGCUUCUAAACAUUCUAGUCGAAACAAGGAUAAGUAGAGACGAAAAUAUUGAUGUUGUAUAAUACGGUUAUAAAAGUGAACGAUGGUAAUUAAAUCAUAGGUUUGCCAAGUAUCUUUAUUUCCAAAAGGUCUCGCAAAUCCCAUUUAGACUGGUGCUUAAACCAUGAACAAAUACUAAGAUUUAAAUUACAUAUGAGAAUUACGGUAUAAUUCUACCAUAUAAAGAAUAUAAGACAUUUUAAAUGUCCAAAAAAGGUAACCCUUGGCUACCGCUUUUUAAAUGCUUAUUGUUUAGCUUCCAAUUAGUUACUUAUAUUCUUCUUUUUUUCUUAAAAGCUAAAACAGUAUUUGGAUAAAAUUCUGAGACGUUUCCGCUGUCUUGAUCUAGAGUUACACUGUUUUACAAAAGUAUUUCUGGAAUCUAAAUUCAAUAGUUUUCUUCAACAAAUAUGAAUAUGUCUUAUCUGUUUUGUAAGUCAUAAAAUUUUUCAAAUCUGCUUCAUUUAAUUCAAAUCUAUUAGCAUUCUUCAUAUAUUAUUUGAUGAGUACACCUAAACUAGCAAGGUGUGUAGUCAGCCUAAAGAUACUUAACUUUGUACUGAAAUUUAGGAAUAACCGUUAUAAGCGCUCUGAACUUAGUCUAAUUAGUGUUCUUGCAAUACACAAAAUUUACUACGCAUUCACACAUAUUAUUAAUUAUGUAAGCUUCAUCAAAAUCAAAGAAAGCGCGAAACGUACACGAUCCCUACACAUUUACGUUUUGUAAUGAAAAUCCCUCCACCAGAAAAUUACUGAACUCAACUGAUAACUGUGUACUUUAAUAGUUAUAAUACUUUUUUAAAGCAAAUUUUUCAAAAACAAUGAAGAAAAAUCAAGGUUGUUUACGACGAGACCCACAACACUUUUCAUAAAAGGUACAUAAAUACGCGUUUAAGUACAUAUACAUAUAUAUGGUAUAUAUAUGUAUGUAUGUAAUACUUUCCUAAAAAAUACUUAAGAAAUUACUUUUUGCAACGUAUAAUAUUUAUAACUAUUUAACUGUAAGUCUCUAUUGUAUAUGAAUGUAGACCCCGAGCUCAUUUACAAAUCCCUACACAAGUGAGAAAAGCCAACAACUAACGGUGUAAUAAUGCUUAGUACUUACUAUUUAGUACGAUUACUAAACUAAAUACUAUAUUAUACAAGCAAGUAAUCGUGUGUAUUUUUUUUUUUUGUGCUAACAAAUUGAACAAAUUUUUUGCUCACUAGUGUAUGUGUGUGUUUCUUACAGUUAGAUAGCUGCGCGUACACUGUGUACCACUGCAAAUGGUACAUACAUACUAAUCUAAUGUAUUUCAAUACGAAAAUCUCUUAGCAAAUUUUUAUAAAAAUAUUUAUUAGACGCAUAAUUGUCUGUAUGUGUUGUUUUCAUUUCUUUUUAUAA